AUGGCUUAUAGUAGGGCUUUUUCUGAAGAAUCAUUAAGAGAGAUUCUACUGAGUUUACCUGUGACAUCGUUGUGUAGAUUCAAAUGUGUGUGCAAAAAUUGGGGCAAUCUUAUCAAUAACCCUAGCUUCACUAUAGACCACUGUAAGAAGAAGAAGCCUCCGCAACACUUGAUUUAUGAUUAUGAUGCAACCGAUGCUCCUACUGUCACCUUGGUUUCCGAUAAGGGUAUAGAUGAACAAAAAAAUUUUCAAAGAUUUGGAGAUAAUAUUACCAACUUGUUAGGUUCUAUUGAUGGUGUGUUUUUCAUAGAAAGACAAAUUGAUAAUGCCAUUUUGUGUACAUUAUGGAAUCCAGCUAACAGAGAGGUGAGACACCUCCCUGCCGCAACAAUUGAUUUUAUACCUUACGAUAAACACUAUCGUGAUAUAGUGUUCGGAUUAGAGCCUAUGACUAAGGAUUAUAAAGUGCUUUACUAUAAUGCUUUGGAAGAAUAUGCAGCGAUCUACUCAUGUUCUAGGGAUUCAUGGAAAAUAUUCAAACAUAACCUAGACGUAGACAUAGAGGGAAAUAAUAUAUUUGAACGAGACAUUUUAAAAUCUACUGAUUAUCUGAAUGGAUAUUACUAUUGGCUGGUAAGGGAGAAUAAUAAAUGUAGAAUUGUUUCAUUUGACUUUGGGAAUGAGGUGUUUGUAGAUAUGGAAGGGCCACCAGCUGGUCACGAGGAUUAUCAUUGGUUGGCGAAUCUGAUGGUGCUUGGUGACUCCUUUGGCAUCUUGAACUUUGUCGACGGAUUUGUUCAUGAUGUAUGGAUAAUGAUACAACCAGGCGUUUGGAACAAACUUGUGACCAUUCAUCUCACUACGCGUAUUAAGUCAUAUUAUGACAACUCUAUCAUUUUGGUAACUAAAAGUUCCCGACUGGUCUCAUAUAAUGUUAGGACAAACAAGACAAGGCUUUUUGAAUUUCGUCAUCAUGGCCUGCAUUAUUGUCCAGAGAUUGGUGGUUGUGCGGUUUACUAUUAUAAAGAGAGCUUAGUAACAAUUAAACGACAAGGGAAUAGUGAGCUCCAUCUCAAUCAUUGUAUGACAAGGGCCACAUAUUAA